AUGAGUUGUCGCUGGAGUGGGGAUUUAAUGGUCGAAUAUGGUCUUAUGACUGUAAGGUUAAAGAACAAGCGAAAGACGAUAUUAACACGUGCGUCACCGUGUAGUUUGAAGGCUGGAUUAAGACCGAUCGUCCAUGUCAGUGAGGGUGUCAGAGCUUGGCUGCAGGCUCUGGAGAAGAAAGAUGGAGAUGUUACCACGGCCUUGAAUGAUCUCAAAGGUGUGAUUGAUGGUCACAUGUGGGAAAUUGGGAGUGGCGGGCAGUGCCUUGAAGAGGCUGUAAAGGCAGAAAAAACAUUGGGUGGAAUUGGAAAAAAUGUUGGAGAUAUGAUAUCGUCUAUAAUGUGUCAAUCAAUAAGAUUGUUGACCAUGUUCGACGCAACGGUAAAUGAUGAUGACAUGAAAUGUUGCGUGGCAGCGUUGAGGGGCAUGUUCACUAGGCAGCGCAUUGAGGUGAAGAGGCGUAUUGAGGAGGAAAUGCAAGAGAUGCAGGAAACGCUGAAACAUAAGUCCAACAAUAUUUCUACAUAUAUUUAUGACUCUAUGCACACCGAAGAGGAUAAAAUCGAGUCAACCAAAAGGGCCGUGGAUGCGACGAAGACGUUAGAUGAGACGCAGGUUAGGACGCCGGUGCCGCGCAAUGAUCCGAGGAGUACACAGGUAUUAGGGUGA